AUGGCAGGUGACACCCCAACGCCCUCCGUCGCUGGCGACAGCAAGCCGCUGCCGAAGCGCCCCGGCACUUCGGGCACCGAGAACCUCCUCAAGACGAACCGCCGCCAGGCUUCAGAUAACUACCAGCGCGCCCAGCGCGCCGAGCGGGCCUACCGCGCAAAGAAGCGCGCCACCGCCGCCCGCGCCGACCUCUCGGACGCAAGGACCCACUACGCUGAGUGCUUCAAGCACCUCACCCGCGGUCUCGCCGUCACCAUAUCAGCCGUCAAGUCGCUCCCCUAUGUGUUUGACGAGCGCCAGGAGGCUGCCCGCCAAAAGGCCGAGGUCAAGAAGAAGCAGCGCGCCCUCGAGAAGAAGAAGAAGCUCGAGGAGAAGCUUGCCCGCGAGACGGCCGAUGCAGAGGCCGAGUCCACGCCGGCCGAGGGUGCUGAGGAUGCUCCCGCCGAGGAGAACGCCGCCUGA